AUGAACAAACAUGUUGACUCGGAGAACCGGCGCCUUGUUUGGCGUCUCCGCGGGCCAGACAAAUAUUCGGAAAUACGGCGCAUUUUGGCGCAUAUAGUUCUGUACUGCAAGCCUACAAACGCUACGGAGCUGUGCCAUAAGUUUAAGGGUGAGUCUUUGAAGUCAAUCAAACGUAUUACUGCUAAUGGAACGUCGAUGAUGGAUUGCGGUCUUGAAGGAAUUUUCAACGACCUUACCAAUAAAGAAGAUGCUUCACCAGAAAUUUCUGAAGAAGAAGAUGAUGCUAUUGAUUCACCCAUAAACUUAUCAAAAAAUAACAGUUAA